AUGUCAAGUUUCCAUAAUCUUAAGGGAAUCUCCGUGAUGGAUCAACAUCUCAAUUCGAUUCCCACAAUCGAAUCCGCUCACAUGGAUACAGCUUCCAUGUCCAAAUACGAUGAGCUUGAACGCAGAGCCACCGCCACACUUUUCGGAUCCGGCCUCAACUUGAUCAAAAUCACCAUCGGGGCUGCUAUCAUCAGUCUACCGUGCAUAAUUUUCUCGUUUGGAUAUCUUUUGGGCCCGUUGAUUUUGCUGAUCGCCGCAAUAGCAUCCUUCACCGGUCUUUACCUUUAUUUGGAAUGUGCCUCGUAUAUUGGACGCACUUCGUCGCCGUCUUCGCUCGCAGAAUCGACACUUCCUUUGGCAGGGCAUAUAUUGGAUAUCUGCAUCGUGACAAAAGCCAUCGGCGUUUCCCUAUCCUAUGUGAUGAUUAUUGGAUCAACAUGUAGCAAGGUCGCAAUGUGGGGGCUUCAUCUUUCCGAGGGGCAUGUUCUGGCAGAUGCUAGGAUAUGGAUGCUAUUUAUGGGCACAUUUAUCCUGUUCCCCCUUUCUAUGUUGAAGACCUCCAAGAGACUUCAAUUUACAUCGGCGUUUGGAAUCGCGGCAACCAUUUACUUGGUCCUUCUUUCGGUGUAUGGAAUUUGGGCGCUUCCGCCACCGAGCGGAAAUUCUGCCUCCAUCUGGGCGUUAUUUGACAAGCUUUCUUGGGCAUAUCCGAUCACCCUUAAGAACAUCGGCUUUUUUGGGACAGCCGUUUUUGCUUUUUCUUGCCACCAAAUUAUAUUCACCCUAUUUAAUGAAACGAAAAACAACAAGGUCUCCUCAAUGGCAACCAUGUGUGGAGUCGCAAUCGGCGUGGCCCUGAUUAUUCUCAUCCAACAUCAAUCUUCGAAACUUAUUCCCAUCCAACAUGGAUCCUCGAAAGUUAUUCCCAUUCAACAUGAAUCCUCGAAAGCUAUUCGCAUCCAAGAGGUCACUGAUCAUCACCUCGGUUUCCGCCAUUUUGGUCAUUUUGCUUAUUGUUGGCAUUGUAGUUUUCUCCCUUGGAAGGAAAAAAGCUCCAGACGCAGACAUGCUAACCCAAAAAUCUAG